UUGUGUUUUUCAUUGUUAUUAAUUUUUUAAAUCGCGAAUUUGAAGUCGACUGAUAAUGGAUUUAAGUGCGGAUGUGGACCGGAUUAUAGCCCAGGCUCCGGAUUGGAACUUUGCCGGUGACUGCGCUCUCCUGGACCUGAUGAAGCGCAUCUCUCAGAAUCUGCAGGAAAGGGGCGAGAAAACCAGUCGCAAUCUGAGGGACUUCGAGACGAGUGUGAAGCAAGUGGAUAUAUCUUUGAGUAAUGCCACCAACAGCCUGCGAUCGCUACAAUUUGGCAAUCAGUUUGUGGAGUAUCGGGUGGAGGAGGUGGAUGACGCCGAUUUGGCCAUGCCCGCAGAUAGGAAGAAGAAGAAGCCCGAUUUGCCGCCCAAGAGUUCCGAGGAAAUGUCCAAGGAGUUUCUGCAAAACAACCUGCGAAUGUUCCGCAAGAACUUUGAGCCGGUGACCAUAGAAAUCCCGGAUUCGGAUGACGAGGAUGCGCCGGUGCACUCAACAACCCUAUUCCGGGCAAAGAACCCAUACGAUGCUAUUCCCCUGCCCUAUAUUAUUGGCACAAAGGAGUGGGAGGAACACAAAUACGCCGGAUUGUAUGACAGCAAGGAAAAUAGUGAGGAUGAAAGGUCCGAGGAGUUCUCCUCCAGCUCAUCGGACGAGAGGGAGUCCGUGCCGAAGAAGGUGACAAUGCCAGCGAACAAAUUGGUAGAGCCCCAUACAUCGGACUCCUCCUCCUUGGCCUCUUUUGCACGGGAACCGGCACCUGUGUCGCCAGUAAUUAAACCUGCUGUGCAGGUGGCAGAACCUGUCGUCAGAACGCAACCGCGUCCCAUUAUCAGUAGUCAACGGAAUCCACACGAGAGGGACAUGUUUGCUGCACUCCGGCAGUCGCCGCCUAGCGAUGAUCCGCCGUCCACUUCAUCCUCGCCUACAUCUUCGCCAGCUUUUAGGAGUCCCUCCAGUCGCUUGCCAAUAGCGUCUGCGGCAUCGCUGAGCUCCAGCAGCAGCAGUCCUGCUCAACAGCCACCGAGGCUUUUCGACGAAGCGGUUCCAACGCGAACGCCCAAGGAAACUGAGAUCAAGCCAAGUCAAACUAAGCGCAUGCCAGUAAAUCUCUUCAACGACGAUGAGUUUAAAUCGUUCAUGUCCGAAAUCGUUGACAAAGUCCAGGCCAAGGGGGACAGCAACCAAGUUGCUCCUGCACCUACGAUUUCAGUAAAAGAACCACCCAAAGAGAGGAAAUCUGUGGAACGAAAUGCUAAGCCCGAGGCGCCAAAACAAAUCAUUGAGCAACCAGCGUCGAAACGUGUAAAUCUAUUCGACGACAGUCCCCCAUUGAGUCCAACUCCAAGGAUUGAUGACCGUAGAGCAUCGGGUGCUAUUCCAAAACACAGCCCAGCCAUAGUAGCCAAAAAUGAUCAAAGCCAGUCCCUCUUUGGUGAUUCUCCUAUCACGAAGGUCUUGCCAAAGGAAAAUCCUUCAAAGAAGUCAACGAAACCGCUGCCGAAAUCGCUUUUUGACGAUGAUUUGGAAGACGAUGACUUCUUGAGCUCGUUCAAACCCAAAACAAAGCCAUCAGAACAAAAACCGCUCUCAAAACCAACAACUUCACUAUUUGAUGAUGAUGAUUUAGAUAUUGAUGAUAUAUUUAUAAAACCAAAGGCUCAACCCAAAAAGCUCUCUGAAAAAGUAGCUGGAAAGACUAGUUUGUUUGAGGACGAUGACCAAGAUGAUGUCACUGAUUUGUUUGGCUCGAAAAAGACAAACGUAAUAAGAAAGGAGUCGCCCCCAGAUGUUUCUGCAAACAAAAAGAUUGAGGAUUCUCCUCCAGAUAUUUUUUCCGACCAAAAGAUUAAGGACUCGCCUCCAGAAAUUUUUCCGGACAAAAAGAUAGCCCAAAAGAAAGGUCUUUUUGAUGAUAUCGAUGAUGAGGAUUUAUUUGGAACACCAAAGGCUAAGAAUUUAAUUUCCAGUGAGCAACAAAAUGUUCCUCAGACCUUUGAAAAUACUGGCCUUAAAAUAGAGAAAGAGGAGCAUUUGAAAAACGAGAUUAAGGAAACCCAGCCAAAGGAAAUAGAAGUAAAUUCAUCUAUACCUAUUUUUAGAGAUUCACCUCCCCCUAUAGAAAUUGUAGAAGAUUUGAAAUCGGUUAAGGAUAAUUUAUCCGCACCUAAUAUUUCGAAGUCGACAGAUUUGUUUCAUGAAGAUCUUAGCGAUGAUGAUUCAUUCCUUAGCCCUUCAAAUAUUAAGGUUAAACCAAAAAGUGCUGAUGAAACUAAAGAAUUUAUGAAACCAACUGAAGAAAAUACUUUGCAGGUCAAGGUUAAAACAGACCCAGUCAAUUCUCCUGCAUCUACUACUAAACCAACUGACUUGUUCAACGAUGAUUUAAGCGAUGAUGAGCCAUUUUUGAGUGCAUCGAAGAUUAAGGAUAAUACAGUAGGUGCUACAGCAACAAAUAAAAUUAAAAUGCCAGCUCAAGACCAGUUGGUGAGUGAGAUUAGGCCAGAAGAGUUACCACAGAAACUGCCGCAGAACAAAGUAGAUGAUAUAGCAAUUAUCGAUGAAAAGGAUGAUGUUUUGCCCGAAGCGUUAGGCAAAUCUCAAAUAGACGUUCCAGUUUCCGAAAGUCCCCCACCGGAUGAUGAUCUAGGCAACCAAGAUCCCAUUAUAACAAUGGUGGCCGAUGCCACUAGUAAGCCACCAAACGAGAUGUCCACCCCCAGAAAGCCUGAGGAUCUGGCUGCUGCACAGCAAAUCAUGCAGAACUACUCAAAUCUCUUUUCCGACGAGCCGCCGGAUGACAGCGAGUUUUUCCAAACGCUCGGAGGCAGCGGCCUAAGCAGCCUAAGUGCCUCGAAAAUCUUCGACAACGAGCAUGAUUUCUUUGAGCCCGCCUUGCCAAAAAUUCCGACUACGACCAAACCAUCACCAGUAACGCCUGGGGAUCAACCUUCUUCAUCAUCCGACUAUGGCGCCAUGUGUUUAUUUAGUGACAUCCCACCCGAAGAUGACAACCGUGAUGGUGACGAAUCACAGAAGCAGGUUGAAGCUGAGAAGGAGGAAAUCGCACCCACAACAACGCGAAUACACACAAUAUUCUACGAUGACUUUAGUGAAACAGCAAGGGCAGGAGCAGUGCAACCAGCUUCCAAACCAUUCAGAUACGAUGAUGAAACACCACCAGCUGAUGAACCCGAUCGCAGUAAAGUUAGGAGCCCUGAGCUACGAAGUCCAACUUCUCCAGUAAAUAAACUGAAAAUGCCCAACAUAAAUAUAAAUGUGCAGGCCUUGCUUCCAGGAGCCGGAGGCCUACCAAAGCUGCCCAAGAAACAAGAGUCUUCAAGUGUCGAGAGGGAAGAAACUGCCAGCACAGCCCAAUAUACAGAGCCCACUCCGAGUUCCAGGGAAAACGCCAUACCACCAGCAGAAGGUUGCCUGCAGCAUGCCAACAAAUCUCGCGCUCGAGGACCUGCAAAAAGACGACCCUCAACGCGAAAGGGAAGACAGGAAAAUUACGCCAAAAGCUUGCUGGAUGCUGAGCAAGGCAUACCAUCUGCAACUUUAAUUGAAAACAGUGCAUCUGAAGAUAAACCAGCUAUAGAAGCUACUUCUGUAAAGUCUCCACUUCCCCAAUCAGUUAAGGCUACUCCAGAGCUUCCAAUCCUUAACGCGCCGCCCAAGCUCCAGCCGCAGCUAGAAAAGCCACCUCCGCUUAAAUACGGUGGAUCAUUUUUGGACAGCCCCGAUGAAGAUGAUUCCUUCUUUAAUUCUGUUACGACACAUGUUCCUCCGACAAGAUCAGUUGGAGGAAAGCAGGGAUCAGAUCCACCCAAGUCAUAUCGAUCGUUUUUGGACAGCCCUGAUGAAGAUGAUCCUCUAUUCAAGCCGUUUGAAAAUAAGCCGGCAUUCUCUCCACAAACAGUUUCCAAAGAGCCACCAGUGGAUCAACGGCAGUUAGAGAAAACUUCGGGACCGACAAAGUUGGGAAACUCUUUUCUGGACAGCCCAGAUGAAGACGAUUCGCUUUUUAGUAAAGUAAAAAAAGUGGCGGCUCCGGUUGCUAGGAAGUCUUCUGCUUCUACAGCAGAAAGGAUGGAUGCUAAAGUUGCACCUGCUCCAGACAAGGAACAAAUGAAGCCCAAAACACCGAAACUGUUUGAUGACAGCGAUGAUGAUGAUGAUUUGUUUGCCAGUGCUACCGUCCCAGCAUCAGUGCCCAGUAUCCCAACAACCAGCAGGCCUGUUCCAACCAAACAGCCCACCAAACCGGCGGCCACUUCUCUCUUUAGCAGCGAUGACGAUGAAGCUGAUGUGCCGGCUAAGAUUGCUCCUGCAAAGAAGCUCCCCGUAAAGACAAGCAAAAGUCUCUUUAGCGACGACGACGAUGAUGAUGAUGACCUUUUCGGAGGCGGCUCGUCGUCCAAGGGCAGUACAACCAAAAAGACCAAACCAGUGGCCCGUGUUGCGUCCAAAGGACCUACCAGUAAAGCCGCAACGGCAACUGCAAUCAUUCCCUCUAAAUCAAGCGAUAAUCCAUUGGCCGAUCUUCUCGAUUUCGAGUAAAAACAUGAAUGCCUUUUAUUGCAAGUAUGUACAGUUUUCGAUCUGUGGAUGGUUAGACUGUCGAUCAGAGUAUUGUUAUUCGUAUUCCUAUUAACUAUAAUAAACAAUGAAUGUCAA